GAAAAGGGGAGACAUGUUAAAAAAAGUCGCGGUAGUAACGGGCUCCAACCGAGGCAUCGGCCUGAGCAUUGUUAAAGGAUUAUGCCGACGAUUCGAUGGUGCCGUCUAUUUAACUUCAAGAAAUGAAGUAGAAGGGAAAUCAGCAGUCGACAAUUUGAAUAAACUAGGACUACAUCCUGAAUAUCACCAACUCGAUGUAACAGACAGAGCAAGUGUCCUAAAAUUUAAAGAACAUAUCCAAAAAAAGUAUGGUGGAAUUGAUAUAUUGAUUAAUAAUGCCGGCGUAUUGCCAAGUCGAGAAUAUUCAUACGAAUCAGAAGAAAAUUUUAAGACUAUAGACGUUAAUUUCAAAAGUAUAUUAAUUAUUCAAGAAUUACUUUUUCCUGUAAUUAGAAAUAAUGGACGGAUUCUCAACAUAUCCAGUGCGUUUGGUCAUCUUUCUAAUAUAAAAAAUAAAUACUGGAUCGAAAAGUUGUCUGACAAAGACCUAUCUACUCGAGUUAUCGAAAAUUUUGUGGAUUGGUUUCUAGAAGGUUGUAGAAACAAAACAUUUAAAAAAGAAGAUCUCGCAGAUGACGCAACGUUUGCCUCGUGCAGAAUAUCAAAGGUGGCUCUGAGUGCCACCACCAUCGUACAGCAAAAGGAACUCGAGAAAAGAAACAUAUCAGUUAAUUCGAUGCACCCCGGUCUGGUCCGCACUGACAUGACGCAAGGCGUCGGCUUUUACAGCGCCGAUGAGGCUGCUGAGACACCACUUUAUCUAGUUCUAGAUGCUCCCGCCACUAUGAAAGGCUCUUUCAUAUGGCACGACGGGAAAGUACUAGAUUGGUAUGAUUACAAAGCUGACUAUUAUUUCAAAUAUGCAAAUUUUCUAGAAUACCAAUCAAAACAUCAACAAUAAAAAGAAAUCUGCAGAACUUUUGCAACUUUCUCGUCAUUU